CGGGCCCGCUCGCUCGCUCGCUCCCGGGAGAUGUUUAUUUGGGCAGUGGCGUGAGAGGAGCAAGCGGCGGCGGAGCUGGAGCUUCUGCCUUAGCGUGAGGAGCCUCGCUGGCGCGGGAGAGACGCACAAAAUGUCCGCCAGAGCCGCGGCCGCCAAGACCACAACAAUGGAGGAAACGGCUAUAUGGGAACAACACACAGUGACGCUUCACAGGGCUCCUGGAUUUGGGUUUGGAAUUGCAAUAUCAGGAGGAAGAGAUAACCCUCAUUUUCAGAGCGGUGAAACCUCAAUAGUUAUUUCUGAUGUGUUGAAAGGAGGUCCAGCUGAAGGACAACUUCAGGAAAAUGACCGUGUUGCAAUGGUUAAUGGUGUUUCCAUGGAUAAUGUGGAACAUGCUUUUGCUGUUCAGCAGUUAAGGAAAAGUGGAAAAAAUGCAAAAAUUACUAUUCGAAGAAAAAAGAAAGUUCAGAUACCAGUAACCCGUCCAGAUCCCGAGCCAGCAUCUGAAAAUGAAGAGGAUAGUUAUGAUGAAGAGGUACAUGAUUCAAGAGGUACACGAAGUGGUCCAGUUGUUAGUAGAAGGAGUGAAAAGAGUUGGGUGAGAGAUCGCAGUGCAAGUCGAGAGAGGAGCUUGUCUCCUCGAUCAGAUAGGAGAUCUGUUGCUUCUAGUCAACCUGCAAAACCUACCAAAGUAACAUUGGUGAAGUCUCGGAAAAAUGAAGAAUAUGGACUUCGUUUGGCCAGUCAUAUAUUUGUAAAAGAAAUAUCACAGGACAGUUUGGCAGCAAGAGAUGGCAAUAUCCAAGAAGGUGAUGUUGUAUUGAAGAUAAAUGGCACUGUGACGGAAAAUAUGUCAUUGACAGAUGCAAAGACAUUAAUAGAACGGUCCAGAGGCAAAUUGAAAAUGGUAGUACAGAGAGAUGAGCGAGCUACACUUUUGAAUGUCCCUGAUCUUUCUGACAGUAUUCACUCGGCUAAUGCGUCUGAAAGAGAUGACAUUUCAGAAAUUCAGUCGCUGGCAUCAGACCAUUCCAAUCGAUCACAUGACAGGCCCCGCCGCAGCCGUUCACGAUCUCCUGACCAGAGGUCAGAGCCUUCAGAUCAUUCCAGGCAUUCUCCACAGCAACCCAGCAAUGGCAGUCUCCGGAGCAGAGAAGAAGAGAGGAAUUCCAAACCUGGAGCUGUCUCUACACCAGUAAAAAACAUAGAUGAUCUCAUGCCUACUAAAACCGUGGAAGAAGCCAUAGUUGAAAGGAAUGAAAAACAAACCCCUACUCUUCCAGAGCCAAAACCUGUGUAUGCUCAAGUUGGGCAGCCAGAUGUAGAUUUACCUGUUAGUCCUUCUGAUGGUCUUCUACCCAAUUCAAGCCAUGAAGAUGGAAUGCUUCGGCCAAGCAUGAAACUGGUAAAAUUCAGAAAAGGAGACAGUGUGGGUUUACGUUUGGCUGGUGGUAAUGAUGUAGGAAUCUUUGUAGCUGGAGUUCUGGAAGACAGUCCUGCUGCUAAAGAAGGCUUAGAAGAAGGUGACCAAAUUCUCAGGGUAAACAAUGUAGAUUUCACAAAUAUCAUCCGAGAAGAGGCUGUGCUUUUCUUGCUCGACCUCCCUAAAGGAGAAGAAGUGACAAUCUUGGCACAGAAAAAGAAGGAUGUUUAUCGUCGUAUUGUAGAAUCAGAUGUAGGCGAUUCUUUCUACAUUAGAACACACUUUGAAUAUGAAAAGGAAUCUCCUUAUGGGCUUAGUUUCAACAAAGGAGAAGUGUUCCGUGUAGUGGAUACCUUAUACAAUGGAAAACUGGGUUCUUGGUUGGCUAUACGAAUUGGCAAAAAUCAUAAGGAGGUAGAGAGAGGCAUAAUCCCUAAUAAGAACAGAGCUGAGCAGCUAGCUAGUGUUCAGUACACACUUCCAAAGACAGCAGGAGGAGAUCGUGCUGACUUUUGGCGAUUCCGAGGUCUUCGUAGCUCUAAAAGAAACUUACGUAAAAGCAGAGAGGAUCUCUCUGCUCAACCAUUUCAAACUAAGUUUCCUGCUUAUGAACGAGUUGUUCUUCGAGAAGCUGGAUUUCUCAGACCCGUAACUAUAUUUGGACCAAUUGCUGAUGUUGCAAGAGAGAAACUAGCAAGAGAAGAACCAGAUAUUUAUCAAGUAGCAAAAAGUGAACCUAGAGAUGCUGGCACUGACCAGCGGAGCUCGGGAAUUAUACGUCUUCAUACUAUUAAGCAAAUUAUCGAUCGGGAUAAACAUGCUUUAUUAGAUGUAACACCAAAUGCUGUUGACCGUCUAAAUUACGCACAGUGGUAUCCCAUUGUGGUAUUCCUCAACCCUGAUUCCAAACAGGGUGUUAAAACAAUGAGAAUGCGAUUGUGUCCAGAAUCACGGAAGAGUGCCAGAAAAUUAUAUGAACGAUCUCAUAAACUUCGUAAAAAUAAUCAUCAUCUUUUUACAACUACUAUUAAUUUAAAUUCAAUGAAUGAUGGUUGGUAUGGAGCACUGAAAGAAGCUAUUCAGCAACAGCAAAACCAGCUGGUUUGGGUUUCAGAAGGAAAGGCGGAUGGUGCUACAAGUGAUGACCUUGAUUUGCAUGAUGAUCGUCUAUCCUACCUGUCAGCUCCAGGUAGUGAAUACUCAAUGUAUAGCACGGACAGUAGACACACUUCUGACUAUGAAGACACAGAUACAGAAGGUGGGGCCUACACUGAUCAAGAACUAGAUGAAACUCUUAAUGAUGAGGUUGGGACUCCCCCGGAGUCUGCAAUUACACGGUCCUCUGAACCUGUAAGAGAGGACUCCUCUGGAAUGCAUCAUGAAAGCCAAACAUACCCUUCUUAUUCACCACAAGCGCAGCCACAACCAAUUCAUAGAAUAGACUCCCCAGGAUUUAAAACAGCCUCUCAACAGAAAGCAGAAGUCUCAUCUGCAGUCCCUUACCCUUCGUCUGAAACACACCAUGCAUCAACCUCUGCAGUUAAUCCUAAUGUAAAUCUAACUAAUAUCCAACUGGAGGAGCCAGUCCCAGCUCCUUACAACUCCUAUCAGCCACAACCGGGCCCCUUAACACCACCAAGUUCUGAGACAUCUCAAAUAGUGCUAAGAGACCAAGAACCAUCAUUGUCGUCGCAUGUAGAUCCGGCAAAGGUAUAUAGAAAAGAACAAUAUACUGAAGAACCACCAAGACAAAAUUAUGUUAUGAAACAGCUGCCCAUUAACCACCCAGUGCAGAGACAAGAAAAAGAAUCUAAUAUGAGCUAUGAACCUCAACCACCUUAUGCAGAAAAACAAUCCAGUAGAGAUAUUGAACCACCUACCCUUAAGUAUGAUUCCACCAAUUAUACAGAUCAGUUGUCUCGAAGCUAUGACCCUCGCCUGCAUUAUGAUGAUCAUCGCACACCUUCUUAUGAAGAUCAGUGGUCAUAUUAUGAUGACAAACAGCCUUACCAACCAAGGCCUUCCUUUGAUAAUCAGCACCCUCGAGACUUUGACCCUAGACAGCAUCCUGAUGAGGCUUCAGAACGUGCUUACUUUCCAGGACAACCUCGUUUUGAAGAACCAACCCCAGUAUCUUACGAUAGUAGGUCACGCUAUGAACAACCCCCUAAAAACUCUAAUGUACGAUAUGAGGAACAACCAGCUUCUGGGUAUGAUAUUCAUGGUCGAUAUAAAUCAGAAGCGCAGCCUUACUCUUCAGCAAUGUCCAAGUCUUCUGAAGCCAAGCAGUAUUUUGAUCAGUACCCUCGAAGUUGUGAACAGGUACCGCCACAAGGGUUUAAUGCCAAAGUAGGGCAUUAUGAGCCUUCUUCUCAUGGCUCUACAGGUGUUCCUUCUCUAAUUCCUUCAUCUCAAAAGACAGAAGUGCUUCCUUCAAACACCAAACCACUUCCACCACCACCUACUAUAAUUGAAGAUGAGGAAGAUCCAGCAAUGAAACCACAAUCUGUGCUUACUAGAGUCAAAAUGUUUGAAAACAAAAGGUCAGCAUCAUUAGAAAGUAAGAAGGACAUUAAUGACACAGCUACUAUUAAGCCCCCAGAAAUAGCACCUAAACCUGCAGUUGCUCCCAUCAGUGGUCCUAAAUCUACUUCUCAAAAUCAGUUCAGUGAGCAUGAUAAAACACUGUACAGGUCCCCAGAACCACAGAAACCUCAGAUAAAAGCACCUGAAGAUAUUGUUCGUUCAAAUCACUAUGAUCCUGAGGAAGAUGAGGAAUACUAUCGAAAGCAACUUUCGUAUUUUGAUCGGAGAAGUUUUGAAAACAAACCUUCAGCACAAGUCCCUGCCAGCCAUCUCAUAGAGUCUGCCAAACCAGUUCAUUUUCCAAAUCAACUAAGUUUUUCUAGUUAUUCUAAGGGAAAGCCUGUUGAAACUGAUAUUAUGGAUAGAUCUUUUGGUGAAAAGCGCUAUGAAGCAGCUCAAGUUACUCCUCCGCCACCUCCACCUCUUUCACAAUAUAGCCAGCCUUCUCAGCCUAUCACCAACUCUUCACUGUCUCUUCAUACACACCCCAAGGGACUCCUUUCUGAAGGGAACUCUUUGUCAUUGGACUUUCAGAAUUCGUUAGUGUCUAAGCCAGACCCACCUCCGUCUCAAAAUAAACCACCAACAUUCCGAUCUUCAAACCGAGAAGAUACUGUUCAAUCUACUUUCUAUCCUCAGAAAAGUUUUCCUGACAAAGGCCCAGUUAAUGGAACUGAACAAACUCAGAAAACAGUAACUCCAGCAUACAACCGAUUUACACCAAAACCUUAUACAAGUUCUGCCAGACCAUUUGAACGAAAAUUUGAAAGUCCUAAAUUCAAUCACAAUCUCCUGCCAAAUGAAACUCAACAUAAACUGGAGUUGGCACCCAAGGCUCCAAAUUCCCCAAAAACGUUUUUGAAACACAGUUCAUCACAACCUCCUGAGUUUGACAGUGGAGUAGAGACAUUCUCCAUUCAGACAGAUAGGCCCAAAUAUCAACCAAAUAAUACUAGUGCAGUGCCUAAAGCCAUUCCUGUAAGUCCUUCAGCUUUGGAAGAUGACGAGGAUGAAGAUGGUCACACUGUUGUAGCCACAGCAAGAGGAAUUUUUAAUAGCAAUGGUGGUGUCUUAAGUUCCAUUGAAACUGGAGUUAGUAUAAUUAUUCCACAAGGGGCCAUCCCUGAAGGAAUUGAGCAAGAAAUCUAUUUCAAAGUGUGCCGAGACAAUAGCAUCUUACCACCUUUAGAUAAAGAAAAGGGUGAAACGCUGCUCAGCCCUUUAGUUAUGUGUGGGCCCCAUGGACUAAAAUUCCUGAAGCCAGUGGAGCUGCGCUUACCACAUUGUGCGUCUAUGACUCCUGAUGGUUGGUCUUUUGCUCUAAAAUCAUCCGACUCCUCGUCGGGUGACCCUAAGACCUGGCAGAACAAGUCCCUUCCUGGAGAUCCAAAUUAUCUUGUUGGAGCAAAUUGUGUUUCUGUCUUGAUUGACCAUUUUUAAUACUUAAUAUAGAAACUUGAUUAAAUAAUGUGAAACUG